GUAUCGGUUACCCCCUAAGUCACCAACCGAGUGCACCAGACCGAGCCAAAAAGCCAAAAACUUAAUCAACCAGGCCCCGCUGCGGCCGCCGCGCCGACCUCCUCCUAUGCUCGCAGGCGACGGCCGCGGCCGCCGAUGCCCAGCCCGCUGAAGGACCGCCCCACCGGCCGCCUCGGCCGCCUUCUCGCCGCGCUCCGCCCCUCCCGCGCUGGGCCCCUCCCUGUCCAGACCGGCUUCCCCACCUCCCUCGCCGACCUCUUCGUCAAGAACCAUGGCCGCCUCAAGAAGCCCUCCCCGUCCGCAUCCUCCAAGCGCGAGAAGCGCGGCGCCGCCCCCUCACCUUCCCCUUCGCCGUUCCCUCCGCCUGCCUCUCCACCGCCGCCUCCUCUGGCGGCCGCCGUCUCACCGUCGGAUCGACCAAGCACCGACCUUACGCUGGCCCAGGCCGUCCGCCGCAGCAAAGGCGGCGGCUUUGACCUUGGCCUGGGCUUCCUCGCGAUCAGCGGCGUGGUAUGCCUCGCGCUCCUUGUGAUCUGGAGCAAGAAGGUGGUUGCCGCCGUCACCGUCGCCUCCUUCUCGCUCUUCUUGCUGGAAUCCGUGAGGUCCUCCUCGCUCCCCCGGCGGCCGGGGCCAGCGGCGACCAAGAGGCAGCUUUAUUUGGACGGCCGUGGGCGCGUCUCGCCGAUCCGGGAGCUGGAGGAGGAGACGGAGCCGUCCAGGCCGAGCCGCUCUGAUUCCGACAGGGGAACCGAGGCCUCCAUCUUGGUCAUCGAAGAAAGGAGCGACGUCGUCGACGAAUCAAGCAACCCGAAGGCGAAGGCAAAGAAGGUGUCUUGGAAGAAGCUGAUCUCCAACGCAAAGAAGUUGCACAAAGGCUGGAAGUCUAGGGAGGCGGAUUCGUCUGGCUCUUUUCGCAGCGAGGGCAACCAAGCGGAUGCCACGGUACGCGGCAAUGCCAAGGUGACGGAUUCCUCAGAUUCUUGCCGUAUGGCCAAUCAAACGGAUGUCGUCGUGGAGGAUACCAUUGCCAGAGAGCCGGAUUCUUUGGGUUCUCGCCGCAGCAAGGGCAUUGAAAUCGAUGCCCAGCCUGUAGAAAUCGAUGCGCCUGCUGAUGCGGAUCUUUCCGAGGAGGAGGAUGACAAAACAGGAAUCCAGUUCCCUGCUCUGGUUCUGGUCGCCAUCGUCCUCGCCGGCCUGGUCGCCGGGAAGCUCCCGGCCGUGGCGUUCACGAUGCUUUGCGCGGCUUUCCUUAACUCUGUUCAAAGAUUGCCUUCUGUUGGCGGCGGCCUACAGCGUAGGCAAUUGGAGCUUUCCAUGUCGUAGAAACCCCCAAGAUCAUUGUAAAUUAGUGGGGAACAAAAGAGAAGAAAAUAUACAUGUUUGUUCAGUUGUUGUUAUUGCAUUCCUUGUUGAAUCGAAGUCCGAAGUGCAAAAUUAACUUAA